AUGUUUAUUGGAUUAUCAGCUACAUUCUUAAUACCUGAAACUAAAGGUUUAAGUUUGGAAGAUAUAGCAGGUAACAGUAAAUUACCACCCAAACAUGAUUCAGAACGUGCAAUACGAGAACGUGAGGUUUUACAAUACAAAAAUAAGAUUGUAGAAGUUACCGAAGCACUUGGUAAAGGAAAAUUACCAACUACUUCACAAAUAUCCGAAGAGAUUGAUGAAAUUCAUCAAUCAGAAUUAUUAUACGAUGCAACUCAUGGUAUCUCUGUGUUGGGUAAAAAAGUUUUAGCAGAUUUGGAAAAUUUGUUAGAUUCUUUGAAAAGAUUCUUUGAGGAAAAAAAUGAAUUACAAAAUGUUGUUGUUUAUUAUGCUACUAAAUUACCAUCAUCUCGUGAAGGAAUUGAUCAGGAAAUAAUCGUGACUGAAAUCACCAACAGAUCAUUAGUUGAGGAAGGAAUAAAAAACAUAUUGAAUAUCUCACAGUUAAUAGUUACAAAUUCUGAAUUUCGUAAAUUGAUUAACGAUAUUGGUACAAUUGCUCAAGAUAUAAUCGCAAAACAUGAACCAUCAUCAUCAGAAAUACCUACGCCAGAAACAAAAGAUAAAAAAGAAAUAGUUGCUGAAAUUAAAGAUGGUGAAAAGGAUAAAGAGAAAGGACCGGAGGAUAAAAAAGGAAUAGUUGCUGAAACUAAAAAGGAUAAAGAGAAUAAAGAGAAAGGGAUCGGUGAAGCUGUUAGUAAAACUAGUCAAAAAGCACAGGAAAAAGUAUCUACUGCUGCAAAAUCAACGACAGAAUUAACCGAACAUCAUAUUAAAGAAGAUAGUAAAGAAAUAACCUCUGAUAUUAUUUCCAGUUAUCAACUUUCACCAGAGGCAUGCGAACGAUUAGUCACUCGUUUCAAAAAUGUGAUUAUUGAGAUACAAAAGAAACCCAAGUAUCAACAAGCGAUCAAAGAUCUAAUAAACGUAAUUCCUCAAAUUACCGAAAAAUCGAGCGAAUUUGCCACUCACAUCACUCAACAUAUUGUUGUUGUUGGCUCUAGCAGUACCAAUGACCAGCAAAAACGAGGAUCAACACCAUCAAUGUCGUCAUCAGCCGUUGAACAAAAUACAAAAGAUGUAGAAAGUUUUGCUGACAAUCGAUCGUUAUAUCCAUUAAUUUCAACAUUAAAUGAUUUUGGACAAAAAAUUAAACAUGAUGAAGAUUUACGUGAAUUUCUUAAAGAUCUUGAGCAUUUUAUUCUUUCCUCGUUACUUGAACCGGAAUUUGUUAAGAAAACAGAUUACAUUCAACAAGGAUCUGGUGUGAUUAAUAAAGGAAGAAAACUUUUAUUGGGUCAUUACUGUGAAUUAACUCAAACGAUUGUUGGUGAAGUCCAGGAAUUUAAUAAAGCGAUGAUGGAAGAUAAAGCUACAAUGGAAUUAAAAAGAGAUGUUGAUAUUUUAAUUGAAGAUUUAUUCUUGAAUGAAAUUGGUCAAUUUACCUUCAAAUUUCAAUUGGUCAAAGAUUUUUCGAUUAUUUUACCUCGUCUUGCUAAGAGACUUGAAUACAUUCCUUUACCAGAAUAUGAAUAUUCUGAUGAAAAUAUAGAGUUUAAUGCUGAUAAUAUCGUACUUCAUGUGCAACAUGAACUUUUUCCAAAACAUAUUAAUAUUGGAUUAAAUGCUGAAAUAGGUUUAAAUCGACCAGAAGAGAACAGGAAAAAAGGAUUCUUUAGAUUUGAGGAUAAAUUUAAAAAGAAUCUAGAAGAUUUGAUCAUCAAACAAGCACAUCAACUAGUUGAAAGAUUUGAAGAACAAAUGAUAAUUGUUCAAACACAAGUAAUGCAAAACUAUCGAUGUCAUUCUACUACUAAAGAUAUUGGUAAUGAUCAAUCAAAAGAUAAAUUAAAACAAAAAAUGACAUGGAAAAGUUCUGCUUUUGAUCCAACACUUGGUACUACUACUAGUAGUAGUGCUGGUGGUUCUGGUUCUGGUGCUGCUGGAGGAGGUGAUGUUGAUUAUAAUGUCACUGCUUCAUCAACCAAUAUUACUCCAAUUAUUCCAGUCACUCCCAUCACUACCGUUACUCCUGCUGCUGCUACUUAUAAUAGCGCUUCCAUUAUUAAAGCCACUACUGAUGGUAAAACUCCUAGCAAUAAAUAA